GAAAACUGAUAAUUUCAAAAAGUCUCUUCUUCCUCCCCAGAGAAAAGUAACUCCAGUGCCUGUAAGAAAGAUCAAGCUUUAAGUUUUGUUUCGUUCUUUUUUCAAGACUUGACCCCGAUUUUUUUAUAUCUCCCCGUCAGCCGUUUAUAAGAUUUAAUUAUCAUUAUAAACAACAACCCCUGACUUUAUUUCAUCCAUUGGUAUUGAAUCUCCUAUUCUCCCGUACUUUUAUGCUGAUCAGAUCCAUCUGCUUCCCCUCCGAUUUUGGCUUUGUUUGAAUUUAUCUGAAUUGAUUUACCUAUCCCCUUUCCCUGAAUUAUGGCAUUAGCUGAUAGAAGACCUCUCGAUUUCCCGGUUCCUUCCACCCUUGUGUCCCCGGCCUUCAACCCCAACUCGUUGACCUCCAACGACAUGGCCAUGGACGUUGAUGAUGACGGGUCGUUGGAUUCGGACGAUAAGGAACUUAGUCCUGAAGCCCUCAGUCCGGAGGAAUUCAGUCCUACUUCCAGAAGUAUUUCUCCCGAUUCCUUGAUGAACCUCGACUCCAAGUCGCAGUCCAAUGUGUUGACAGACUCCACCACCAACACUUCGAGAGGCCUGACUCCUCCUCAUCAUUAUGGCAAAGGCUCUGCCGUUGGUACGGGUACCAACGUCACUUCUGGCCUCAAAAAGCCCAAAACCACUCCCAGAGUCCCAAUUGCUACCGGAAUUUCUACCACAAUCCCGGUGACUGGUGACAAGCCCAAGCCCAGCCAAAAGGAUGAUCCCUCUUUGGAGGAUGAUGUUUUGUACGCCAUUUUCUUGAUCCUCUACGAAAAGGAUCCCGAGGGUGCUGGUAUGACCGUCAAGCAGAUCUGCGACAUCUUGGUGGAACGGCAUCCCGAAAUGGCCAACUUGUCCACCAAAACCUCCAACUUGGUGAGUGCCAAAUUAAAUGCCUACGUCAAGAGAGUGGAAAAGGGAGACUCGAGCUUAAAAUAUGCCUUAUCGAGGGAUUGGGCUGAUGCUUCUCCCAAGAGAAUGGUGUAUGUGUACCGAGGUCUUUUGGCUCCUGACUUCCACCUCCACGUUAAAAACAUGAUGGAGGUGCAAAAACAAGAUGCCAAGUCCGGAUUGGUCAACAAUUCAAAUAAUUCAACAUCCAGUGUGUCCAACACUCCUUUAUCAAACAACAACACCUCCAGUGGAUUCAACUUCGACUUGAGUGACCAGGAGUUGAGCUCCUUUGAAGCAGGUAAGCAGGCUACCUUAAAGGCUAGAAGGUCAACUAUGUUUGAUUUGGGAAUCAGCAGAAACAGCUUCUUAUCAAACUCAAUUGAUAAGUCCAACUUGUUUGUUCCAUACUCUUCUGCCCCUGUUACUGCUUCGUUAAAGGACAAGGUUGCUGGUUCUGAAAAGUUGAACGAAGCUUCGGAAGUUCCUCAACCCCAAUCGGGUGAUUUCGAUGCCACUGAGACUGAGUCUAAGAACGAGUUUGAAGAUUUCGAGGUAUUCCAAGACGGUCAAGAAGACUUGAUGGAAACUCUCAAGAAGAAUGGUAAACGGUCAAAGUCGAUGUCUUAUUUGAACAAUAAGAAGCACAAGAUUUUGACGGCUGCUGCUGCUGCUCCCAGAGCUCCCAAGACUCCAUGUAGCCACAGUCCAAAUGCUGCAGCCGCAGCCGCAGCUUUGCACGCGGCUGCAAUCAAGGCCAUUAACCAUGACAGUUCAUUAAAUUCAAGUGAUUUCAUCAAGUCUCAUUGUAACAAGAAAUGGUUGGAUGUAAUUAGAUCCGGCUUCUUGUCACAAGACAUCGGCACCCCAGAAGACAUCAGCUUGUCAGAUUUAGACAAGUAUUUUUGAGUAGAUAAGGAUCGUGAUUCUAGUAACUGCAAGUUAUUACUGUGUGUUAUAUUACUGUAUAUUAAAAAAAAAUUUUAACGGCUUAUGAGUACCAUAAUAUAUAAUGGUCAUAGUGGUUCGUCACUGGACACUUCU